AUGAGGUGCAGGACCAUCCAAGUGCCAUGCCUUUGCUGCAAAGGUUCAAAGGUCAGAGAACUCGGAAAGAGUGUCGAGCUCUUCCACAACGUAGAAGGCACCAAACGAAAUGGUGUAGUCAUAGCAAAGCGAAAUCCUUUGAAGACUCUGUCUCAGCAGGAUCAGCAGUCGAAUCAUGGCCGUGAAGAUAGACACAAAGGAGGGGUACUGGACAAUAAAAUCCGUGUAUGCCCCAAAGGUCGGCUGCCCCGUCGUCGAAAAGGACGAGUUUUAUCUGGGCCUCGACGACGCCAUCCGAUCAGUUCCGGCGAGGACUACCUCAUAGUAGCGGGUGAUCUCAAUGGCCACGUUGGAAUUGAAUGA